AUGGCCGGAUCUCAGCUCAAGCAGCUCAAGUCUGCACUCAAAGAAAAGGGGCUCAUUGGUCAAACAAACACUAGUAAGAAAAGUAAGAAAUCCAAGACUAGUAGACGCAAUGAAAUAGAUCGAGACUUGCAAAAACAAAACUUAUUAUCAGUUCGAGACCAAUUCAACAAGUUCGAUCAACGAAUCAAUAGAACAAAACAUGAUAUCACCAUCACUGCUGGAGGCGAGUUUGUUAAAGUUGGCUCGAAGCAACAUAAUGCAACUACAGCAAAGAAGGGAGCAAUACAAAAACAAAUGAAGAUGCAAUACGAUUUGGAAAAAAGAAAACGUAAUAGAGUUGGAGGAGUCUUGGAUAAACGUUUUGGUGAAAACGAUAUGCACAUGACCCAAGAAGAAAAGAUGUUGGCGAGAUUCACUAGAGAACGACAAGCUGCCACAUCUGGAAAAAAGAGAGGCAUUUACUCUUUGGAAAGUGAUGAUGAUGAUGGCGAAAUGGCGGAAGGCGACAACGACGACGACGAGGACGAGGAUGGUGGAUUCCAGUUGACUCAUAGUGGACAAGCUUUAUCUUUGGAUGACGAGGAGACUGUGAAAUAUGUUGAUGAAGACCAAAUGGUUGAAGGUCCACCAAGAAAAAAGACCAAGGCCGAGGUUAUGAAAGAAGUUAUUGCAAAAUCAAAGUUUUAUAAACAACAGAGACAAAGAGAUUACGCAAAGACUCAAAACCAAAUCGAUGAGUUGGAUGAAGAUUUUGGGGAUAUCAUGGACGAUUUGAGAAAUACUCAAAAAGGUGUUGCAAAACCACAGUUUUCAACAAAGACUCCCGAAGAAAUUGCAUAUGAUAACAAAGUGAGAGAAUUGACUUAUGACAGGAGAGCAGUACCAGCAGACAGAACAAAGACGGAUGAAGAAUUGCAAAAGGAACACGAGGAAAAAAUUAAGAAAUUGGAGCAGGAUAGGUUAAGAAGAAUGGAAGGCUUUGUAACUGAUAGAGAAGCCGAAGGAGAUGAUCUUGGUGAGGAUUUAGGUGAUGAAGAUGAUAAUGAUGAUGAUCAACAGUUUUGGGGUGGAGAAAGCGAAAACGAAGAAGAUGGAUUUACCAUUAAAGAAGGAAGAGGAGAAGGAGAAGAAGAAGAGGAGGCGGAGGAAGACAACGACAACGACAACGACAAUGGUUACGACGAACAAAAGGGAAAAAAGGGGGAAGAACGCGGUAAGCCAGUGUCGCGGAAAUCUCCUCCUAUUAGCAUGCCCACUGAUUUAGACGAGUUCAAGAGCCAGUUAAAGGACCUUGAUCUUUCCCAACAAGCCAAACAGAUUCAAAUAAUAUGUGACGCUUAUAAGCCUCAUUUGGCAAUGGGAAAUAAGGACUUGAUGAAUAAGUUUGUAAGCAUCAUUUUCGAGUACGUUCUUUUCUUGGCCGAUGAGUUUCAAGAGUUUCAGCCCAUCUUGACUAUUUUAAAGAAACUUGCAUCACAGUACAAUGAACAAUUGGUUGAGCGUAUGAGGGUUUACAUUCUGGAUAUUGAGUCGCGAAUCAACAAAUCCACAUUGCAAUUAAAACCAUCCGAUUUGGCUUUUUUCAUAAUUGUGGGUUUUUUAUUCUCGACAUCGGAUCACUAUCAUUUGAUUGUUACGCCAUGUCUUAUUCUCAUCAACCAGAUUUUGAGCAAUACCAUUUAUAGAUCCAAGGAUGAGUUGAGGCUGAUAGCAAUGGGUAUUUUUUUGGUUGAUGUUUUGCUCACGUAUCAGCGAAUUGCCAAGAGAUUUGAUCCUGAAAUCAUCAAUUUCAUUGAGUUUGCAUUCCUUAGCUUAGUCCCCGAGCCGGAAAAGGUGGAUACCAAUAAGCUAUUGUCGGGUCAUAUUCCAAGCACCACCACCACCACCACCACCAACAACAACAACAGCAACAGUGGUAGCAACAGCAGCACUACUUCAUCAUCAUCAAAUCAGCUUAACUUGGUAAAGUCAACCAAAUACGAAGAAAAUUCGACUAUUUCAUUUGGAGAAAUUUUCAAAACUACAAACACGAACAAAGAGAAGUUGCACUUUAACACUCAGAUCAAGUCAAAACUUCUUAUAAAACUCCUCACGAUUAUGGACAAAACGCUUUCGACAUGGCGAGACAAAUCUUCCAUUAUCGAAAUCUUGGAGUCUUUUAUUGCAAUGCUCAAGCAUUUCACUAAAUACACUUCACUUACUUCCUCCUACCUCACCAAGUUUAGCAAACUUCUUGCUGCAUCUCUUCAAUCUCGUCAACCAUUGCAAUUGCAACACCACAAAUCGAUUGGAAUUGCUACGUACACACCCAAAUUUGAAGAGAAUUUCAAUCCUGAUAAGAAAUCGUACGAUAUCAAUGUUGAACGCCAACAACUUGCCAAAGUCAAAGCGCAGCUUAAGAAGGAGCACAAGGCGGCACUCAAGGAUAUCAGGUAUGAAAAUAGGUUCCUUGCACGUGAACAGAUUGGCGAGAAGAAGCAAAUGUACGAUGAGUAUCAUCGUAAGAUGGCUCGUAUUGUUAACACUAUCCAGGCCGAUGAAGGGAAAGAGAAGAAUGAUUAUGAAAGAGAGAAGAAGCAGAGAAAGAGUAGAAAAUAG